AUGGCAUCAAUUUUCAUGACAACAAGUCUAAGUCACGAAGUUAGUAGGAGCCAUUGUGACAACGUGAUCAGAGCUCUUCCCUACCUGAAAGUCAAGCAGGGAAGUGAACAUGUUUUUACAUGUGGUUUGACGCUUGCUGUUGGUCAGAGGAAAGUUGCAGGGUUUUCUGAGAAAAAUCAGAGACGAGACUAA